AUGUUUGAGGUAAAGUGGGUCGAUUUUUUGGCUAAGAAGAAAAAGGCACUAAAGGGAGAGUACUGGGCAUUUGAAAGCGUUGUUUUAUGCUUUUGUGAUGGUCAACCCAUUGGCGAUUAUCGCGAUCUUCAAAAAUGGUCAAAUGUGCGUUAUCAUCUGGAUAACUACCGACCCUAUUCUUUCUAUCAAAUGCUUGCUGUUGAUAAAUAUAAAGACACUUUAAUGCAGAGAAACAGAAAAUAUGUUUCCAUGGCAAUCACUGUAGGAGGGGAAAUCUGCGGAAGUCUCCUAUUCGAGCUUUACUCUGAUAUCGUACCUAAAACCUGUCAAAACUUUAUUAAAUUGUGCACUGGAGAGCUGGGUUUUAUCCCCAAGAAUGAAACAGAAGACUAUCGGAUGCACUAUCUGAACACAAUUUUCUUCAGACUUGUGCCUGAAGGCUGGAUCCAAGGAGGAGAUAUCCUUUAUGGUAGUGGCAAUGCUGGUCGUUCGAUUUAUAGUGAAAAGUUUGAAGAUGAAAAUUUUGCCAUCAAACAUGAUGGACGCGGGGUUCUAAGUAUGGUAAAUGAAGGCCAGCACACAAAUUCCUCGCAGUUUAUGAUCACCUUUCAACCAGCUGCGUGGAUGGAUUACAGAUACGUUGCAUUCGGUCAACUGAUAGAAGGCGCACAAACUCUGAAUGCCAUGGAAAAAGUGCCAACGAAAAAUGAGCGUCCAUGCCAAGAAAUUAAGAUAUCAGAAAUCAAAGUCCUUGACGCUGAAGAUAUUCAUUCGAGGAUUCGGUUAUCUACGAAAGAGGAGAAAUACAACGACACAUAUAUUUAG